AAUCUCAAGUGGGUCUCCAUUUCAGGACUAAUUCUCAGCAAAAAAUACUGACUUGAAGUCCUCACACAAUACAACUGUGAAAUAUCUGUAAAGCCCGGUACCUAAAAUUUACUAGGAUCAAACAACAAAUCUUUCCAAAUUUAUCUAAAUUCCGGGAUAAAAACCAAAUCUUGCAGCAGCCUAACCAAAUCUCUACCAAUCUUCACACACAAAGCAAAGCAUGCCGAGCUUGCUUCCGCCGUCGGAGGCGAGGCCUGUGUGCAUCUCGACGGUCAUCGCGCCCACCACCUGCCUCAGCCUCGCCGUCGACGUCGAGCAUCCCCCCUCGAACUCCGCGAGAAUCUCGAGGAUCCUCGACCAUUUCCGGCGAUUCUUGACUCGUUUGGUCACCAGGAUCCCGGCAAUCGUGAGGGAGAGAGCGGCGCAGCCCACCGCUAUGCCGAAGCCCACCAGGUCCAUCAACGAUUAAGGGGUCAUGGCUGAAUGUGGAUGAGAGAGACACCAGAGAUGAGAGAGAAGGGGAUAGGUUUUAUUUAUGGGCUCUUUUGCAUAUACGCCUUUCUCAAAAAAUUUUGGGCUUUUGCGGGCAUAAAUACGUACGCAUUUAUGCGUACCAGAACCGGACACCGCCACUCUUAAGGAAUUUGCGGGCAUAUAUAUCAGUGCGUUUCUCAUACGCACUGAUGCGUACGCACUUUCCUCCGUUCUCUCUCUCCCCAAAAAUUCAACUCAAUUUUCCCCCAAAUUCCUUAAUCCCUCUCCCCCUUCCUACGAUUUCAGCCCAAAUCAUCACUACGACACCGACACUGCCAGCCCGCCCUCCGUCCGCCACCGACGAUGCCACGCCCCCAUGACACCGAUGCCGCCAGCCCGUGAUCCGUCAGCCCUCCUCCUCCGCAAUCUCGCCAUCGAACUCCUCCUCCGCCUUCAGCCCUCCUCCGUUGAGCUCCUCCUCUGUCCUCCGACGAUGACGCCACGCCGCCACGACACCAAAUCACCACCAGCCCGCCCUCUGUCAGCCCUCCUCCACAAUCUCGUCGUCGAGCUCCUCCUCCGCCUUCAGCGACAACUCCAACGUGAUCUCACCGUCGAGAUCCUCCUCCGCUACCCGGUUCCUCAAGUUUUGCAAGGUGGUUGGAACUUUUUCAAGCGGCAGGCAUCGGGAGAAAUAUUACUCCGUCUUACAUAUAAGGCCUAUGUUGAAGAUGAAGAAGAUGUAGCAGAUAUGAAACAUGUGGAUGAUAAUUUAUCUGAUGACGAGAUAUCAGAUUAUGAGCAAGCAAAAAAUGCAUCUGGAGAAAGCAAAAUUGAAAGAGAAAGAGAAUCAUUUAUGGAUGUCCUAGCAGCUUUGCUUGUAAGCGAGGAAUUUCAAGAUAUAGUGGCAUAAUGGGAUUCUCUAAAGCUAUACAUACAUACAUACAUACAUACAUACAUACAUACAUAUAUGUAUAUGUACAUCCAAAUUUAUCUCUUUUCUUUCAUCUCUCCUGUUCUUGUAAAUCCCCGUAAAAUUUUGAAAUAUUAUUUUAAAAUGAUAAAAUAUGAGUUUUAUCAUGUUUGGAAAUAUUUUGCGAUGAAUUAGCAUGUUUGAAAUCGAUUUGAGAUCGAAUACGUACAUAUAUGUGAGUAUCAUGCACAAAAUAUAUCAAAACCUGUAAGUUAGAUUUUCAUUCUGGUCGGUCGACCGAUGGGAACAACUGGUCGACUGAUGUGUAGUUAUCGGUUGAUCGAUUUUCAUAACUAAUCGACCGAUGAGCAUGAAUUCUGGGGUUUAGUUUCGGGUUGGUUUUUGACCCAAUUGCAUAUAAGUAUAUAAAUACAUGUUUUCAUGAAAUUUUUUUCCUUUUCAACAUAAUCUCUGAACCCUAGCAGCAGUCACGUUCUCUCUCAAAACCCUAACCCUAAUUUUUGAGUUUGGGAAAGCUUUGUGAAGCGAAUACCGAGUGGAGAGCGAGAUAUAUGGUGUUUGGUGAUGAAGGGUCAAGUCUUGCUUGCGUGUAAGAGAUCAGCACAUUUGAAAAGGCAAGAUCAUCUUCCUCAAAACCUUUCCUUAGCUAAAGAUAAUGUCAUUUUGUGUUAUAUGAAUAAUCUAAUGAUUAGGGCUUAAUCUGAUUUGUUAACACCUUGUUUAUAA